AUGCCUGAUCCUGUGUCGUGCGCUGCCUCCGAGGCUGGCGAUGCCGUCGAGAACUUCAUCUGUCCCACCUGCUCAAAGUCUUAUCAACGCCGUGAUCUUCUCACUCGUCAUCGGAGAAGAUGUCAGGGUCCCGCACGACCGCUUGCGCGCCGCAAAGCGUGUGAUGCAUGCGUCCAAGCGAAGACGAAAUGCUGCUACAGUCAGCCGUCCUGUGCGCGUUGCACGAAACGACGUAUCCGCUGUCAUUAUGCGUCAAAUUCGGUCGAUGACAGCACCUGGCGACCUCCGACUGAUAUGCCCGAGGCGACAGAGAAGAAUCUUGCGCCACAGCCGUCCGAGCCGCUUCUCCUACCAACCUGGACUGCAGACAUGGAGUCAUGGGCGCUCAGCAACUUCAAGAUGGGCGUCGGCAUCUCAGGCGACUUUCCUGCAUCGACCUCGCCGCUCGGAGAAUCCUAUUUUCUCCCCCAGGAUGAUAUGCAAUUUGUUUCCAGUUUCACCCUGAGCUCAAGUGGAGAUAUCUCUUUGCCUGCCGAUAUGUAUGGCCUCACGAGUCCCACCAACGGUGCUCCUGGACGUCAAGCCGUGCCUUCUGAAAUUCCAACGGCUGGAUCCACAUACUCUGCAUCAGAACAACCACAAUUUGCAGCUUCGUUAUCUCGCACGGCGAGUGAUGCCCAUGCAAUACUGACGACACUUUAUGAAUAUCCUUCUCUACUACUCGAGGAUGGCUUUCACACUCCACUCCUACAUGCAUCAUUGUACGGCUACGACAAUCCGGACAUCACGCUACUACCUCUGACCACGAUGGCAAUAUCUUGUGGCGGAGGACUUCUGCACAAGGAAAGCUCACGGUUCAUGAAACGCGCCAUGGACGGUGAGCGGCAACGACUGAUCAAGCAAUAUCCGGAUUACAGAUGUAUGCAGCAAUGGGAUGCACUACAUGCGAUGGCUCUCUACGAGCUGCUUGAGCUGCGGGAUACUGCAGGCGAAGAUCGAGAGGACUGGAAGCUUCGUCCGCGAGUGCUCGGUCUACGAUUCCCAUUUAUCCUCAAGAUGGCACAGAUCUACGCCAAAUCAUAUCCGGAGUUGCGAAAUCCUAACUUCACCGCCUUUGACGAUGUAUCGAGCACACCCGAUCUGGCGAUCAAGGGCGCCUGGCAUCGAUGGAGAAUAACCGAAACUGCGCGACGAACACUAUUCAUGCUGAACAUGGUUAACUGGUAUAGCUACCUUGACCUUGCAACAGGCAAGCAGCUACCAUAUUACGAGUCUCUCUGUGAUGACAUAGUCUUAGAUCUUCCGCUUCCCUGCAGUGAGGCGGCUUGGUCUGCACCGAAUGAAAACGAGUGGCGUGUUGCAAUGCAGGCUCAGCAGGUUCAGAAAGAGCUGGAUUCUCUACAGAUAGCUCCAGAGUUGACGCUGGCCGGAGCCGUGGCGUUCGUUCAACAGGGGAAUCAUCAGCGGUCACAGCAGAUUGAUGGCACCGAUGAAGAUGAAGAUUCAAUACUAGAUGCGCUGAGCGACAAGGCGGGUUUUGGAGACUCGGAACAAUUUCGUGCUCUUGUCCUGUUCGCUGCCUGUUUACAGGUCCGUGGCGACAUACAAGCAGCGGCCACGGAGGGGGCAGGGACCACCUGA